AUGACAAUGAAUCUUGGGUUGACUUUCAAUAUUUUGGUGGAUUUUGUUUGUUGUAAGUGGAGUUUUUUGGAUGUUAGAGAUGUGCGUUUUGUGUUCUCUUUACCUGGUCAUUCUCAGUGUUUGAUUGAUAACGAUGAAGAUCUUAGGAAUAUGUUGUUCAUUGCUAGUAACAUUUCAUUGAGUUAUAUAGAUAUUUUUGUCAAGCAAAUUAGCUGUCCAGAUGUUAGUAACUUCAAAGGAAGUGGCUCUGUGGACACUGGUUCUAUUAGUGCAAUUGUUGAGAGAAUAAGUGAUAAUACUGAGCAAGAAGUUUCAGAUGCCGAUUUUGUUUCUGCUUUUGGUUCUAUUGGAGAUUUGGGGUUGAGAUUUUUGAAUAAUGUGCAUAUAUGUGGUUCGGCUAUUCGUACGUCUAAAAAUGUUCCUAUGAGCUCUGGAAUUGUUGCGGACAUCAUUGGUAAUCGAGUUUCUAAUGCUCCAUUACUUCGCCCAAUCGAUGUUAUCAAGGAGAUUAAAUCUGAUUAUGGAUUAGACAUUAGCUACCACAAAGCAUGCUGUUUGGAUAUGGAGUUUGACGAGACUAGUGGUUGUUUUAAGAGAUGUUUUGUUGCAUUUGAUUUGACAAUUUUCGGUUUCAAUUUCUGUCGCCCCAUCUUAUUUCUUGAUGGCACAUUUUUGAAAAGUAGUUACAAGGGAAAUCUACUUUCAGCUACUUCAAAAGAUGGUGAACAAGGUUUAUUUGUGGUUGCUUUUGUAGUUGUUGUCGCGGAGGAUGAAGAUAACUGGACCUGGUUUCUCAGGUUGCUUAGAAAAAUUGUUGACGUAAGUAGAAGAAUAACUUUCAUUUCAGAUCGAAAUUAUGGGCUCCUUCAAGGUGUUAGAAAUAUUUUUCCGGCAACAACACAUGCUUAUUGCCUUAAUCAUUUAAAUAGGACUCUUAAAGAUAAGUUGAAAGGACAUCAUGCUUCUUUUAGGGAGAUGAUUGUGAAGAAGUUUAAACAGUGUGUUUAUGUUCUGAGUAAGAUUGCAUUCCAUGACCGCUUGCAAGAGCUUUUAUCUAUGGGUGGUGAUCGUGUUGCUAGUUUUAUAGAUGAAGCUCCUGCUUGUAACUGGGCGAAUGUUUAUUUUAUGGGUAAGCGAUAUAGUGAGAUGUCUUCAAAUGCUGCUGAGUCUUUUAAUUCUCAAAUAUUUGAGUUUCGUUCAUUGCCAAUAACAAAUAUGAUAGAUAUGAUUCGAUUGAAACUUAUGAAUCAGAUGUCUUUUAGAAGGGAAGAUUCUUAUACAUGGACUACUUUUCUAUGUCCUUCGAUGGAGAAAAAAAUCCAAGAAUCCAAGAAACUUAUGAAUCAGAUGUAUUUUGAAGUUCAUUCAUCUCCUCGUGAAGUUGUUAAUAUUGCAAGAUGA